AUUUUAUGACCUCCCCUCCUGUUUUCUUACAUUGGUCUGUUCUGAUGUUCUGUACGGAACCGAACAUUAUUAUCAGGAAGUGAAGGGCGGUGGUUGAGAAGACGAGCAGCAUCGGGUUAGCUGACAUAUCAGGUUGUAGUCGGGUAUAAAAACAGUCAAAAUGUCUAGCAAAAGGGCUAAGGGAAAGACCACAAAGAAGCGCCCUCAGCGCGCCACCUCCAAUGUCUUCGCCAUGUUCGACCAGUCCCAGAUCCAGGAGUUCAAGGAGGCUUUCAACAUGAUCGACCAGAACCGCGACGGGUUUGUCGACAAAGAGGACCUUCAUGACAUGCUGGCCUCUCUGGGUAAAAACCCAACUGAUGAUUACCUGGAGGCCAUGAUGAAUGAAGCUCCUGGACCCAUUAACUUCACCAUGUUCCUCACCAUGUUUGGAGAGAAGCUCAAUGGCACAGACCCCGAGGAUGUGAUCAGGAACGCAUUUGCUUGCUUCGAUGAGGAGGGGACAGGUUUCAUCCAGGAAGAUUACCUCAGAGAGCUGCUCACAACAAUGGGUGACCGGUUUACAGACGAGGAGGUGGAUGAGCUCUUCAGGGAGGCCCCCAUUGACAAGAAAAACAACUUCAACUACGUGGAGUUCACACGCAUCCUAAAGCACGGUGCCAAGGAUAAGGACGAUUAAAGAGCCACACCAGCAUAUUCCUCCUCACCCUCUUCGCCUCUUCCGUUGGCUAGAUCACCGUGCUGCAUGUCUCAACUCUCCAGUAUAAAACCCAUUUUAAACAAACCAAAGCAAUAACUAUCCACUCUGUUUAUAUUGAACUUCCAGUGUUGCCAAAUUUUCACAUCUCUAAUGAGAAGAAAAAAUCUAAUGGGUUGUGAAAUGUCUUUUUUUUCUGUCAUGUAAAGAUGUGAAGUGGCAGCACCUUGGAACCUUUAAGGGAUAAGUCUUUGCAAUUCAUGUGAUCGGGUUUAGCUGAAUUUUUACAUUUUAUAUUAUAAACUUUUUAAAUAAAGCCCUCUAUCAAGUUGUAUUUUGCUGACUGUUUUCCCUUCCAUAAAUGACAACUGAAAUAA